GGAAGCAUGGACUCCUUCACCACCCCUGGUGAGAACUUCAGACUUUGUGUUAGCACCGAGGGCCUUUGGACUUGUGUGGAGAAAGCGCUACAUGAGCGACAGUUCCCACGAGGGCCCUUUGACUCAGCCCUUGAUGGAUACGCUGGAACCCAAAACCCAAACUCUCGUGAGGCACACCGAUGAGUGUGAUGGCCUCUCAUUGUCCGCCCCCCUAGAGGUGGAAGGUGAACGCAGCUCAGGGGAGUCAUCGGAGGACAAGGUGAACGGAAAAGACAUUGCUCAGCUUGACGAUGCCUUUCUAGAGGACCCAGAGGCCCUGGACAGCAUUGCAUCAAGCAGCGAAGAUGAACCGGGCUCUCCUUGUUUUUGCUCAAUGCCGGUACAAAUUGUUGAAGAGGACUCCAAGGAUGACGGCUAUGAGGAGUUUAGGCGGCUUGGCAUGGAACUAACUGAGCCAAGGCCACGUCGUGAGCUACCUGUUUCCCCCAAUUACAAGGUUUCAUCCUGUGAGUUUAUUGACGCUGAAACCGUGUGUGUGUCUUGGAAGCACGCAAAAGACCGGUACUCUGUCUCUGGCAAUACCAACGUCUUCAUAGCCUGUUUCACCACCGCUUAUGCCCGCUUAGAACUAUACAACCUCCUUGAGAGGUUGCAAGAGUGGUUCCUGUACCACGACACUGACUUGGUGAUAUUUGUGAAAAGGGAGGACUCCAAGGAAGACUGGAGAACUGAGCGGGAUUAUGACAUCACAGGUAUCAAGGAGACUGAACAGCUGUAA